AUGCCUACCUUUGCAGAUGUCGACUUUGGUGUCGACCCCAACCCCACAGGCCCUCCCACCAAGACUAACGGCACCAAUGGACACACUAACGGCAACGGAGCUGCUCAUCCCGUGAAGAGCGGCGCUGUGCUCGAAGACGCCCUGUCUCCCCGCACAAGCCUCCCCAUCCCUGGCCCUGACGGCAUCGGAGAGGAGUCGUCAGACCCCAUCGAGGUGCCGGCCACUCGGCCCUCGGUUUCGGACGCAGAGAAGUACAUGCACAACCUGUCCAUGUCGCCGUCGAUGCGCGACCGCCGCGGCUCCCGCAACUCCUUUGGGACUUCGCUCCCCAUCCCGCGCAUCCACAGGCGCUCGCGGCUGUCGUCUAUCCACAGGCCGUCGGAGGAUGAGGGCUCCAAGACUUCGCGGCCGGCCAUGCCUGUGCUGCAGUCCUCGCGCCACAUCAUCCAGUCGCAGAUCCAGGACGUGCAGGCCGCCAAGGUCAAGAAGGUCAAGAACAUGGCCUUUGCCUUUGACAUUGACGGUGUCCUGGUCCACGGCGACAGGCUGAUUCCCGAGGGCAAGCGCGUGCUCGAGAUCCUCAACGGUGACAACGAGCUCGGCAUGCCGAUCCCGCACAUCUUCCUGACCAACGGCUCCGGCAAGCCCGAGCAGGCCCGCUGCGACCAGCUGACCAAGAUCCUGGGCAGCAAGGUCGACACGGCCCAGUUCAUCCAGUCGCACACGCCCAUGUCGGCCCUGGCGGCCUACUACAACACGGUGCUGGUUGUCGGCGGUGAGGGCACAAAGUGCCGCGACGUCGCCGAGCUCUACGGCUUCAAGGACGUCGUUGUCCCCAACGACAUCGUCGCCUGGGACCCCACCAUUGCUCCCUACAGGGUCUUCACCGACGAGGAGAGGAAGCACGCCCGCCCCAGGGAUUUUAGCAAGACCAACAUCGAGGCCAUCCUCGUCUUCUCCGACUCGCGCGACUACGCCACCGACAUGCAGAUCAUCAUGGACCUGCUGAGGUCCGAAGAUGGUAGGCUGCACACCCUGUGCCGCGACGACCCCGUGUCGCGCCGCAUCCCCAUCUACUUCUCGCAGGGCGACAUGCUUUGCCCUACCGAGCACCCCAUUCCCAGGAUGAGCCAAGGUGCUUUCAGGAUUGGACUUGAGGCCAUGUACAAGUCAUUGACCGGCGUCGACCUGGAGCGUACAGUCUACGGCAAGCCCGAGCUGGCAACCUACAAGUACGCCGACGAGGUGCUGACCUCAUGGAUGGGCCAGCUCUACGGCGAGGAGGACGAGCGCCUGCCCGAGAACAUCUACAUGAUCGGCGACAACCCGGCCUCGGAUAUUGUCGGCGGCAACAUGUACGGCUGGAACACGUGUCUGGUGCGCACCGGUGUGUUCCAGGGCGGCGACAACGACGAGGAGAACCCGGCCAACUUUGGCGUCUUCAAGAACGUGCUCGAGGCCGUCACGACAGCCCUCCGCAAGGAGCUGGGCGACGACUUCAAGCUCAGUUUUGACGAGCACAGCAUCAACCCCAUUAAGGGCUGCCCGGACAGUGCUGCCGCCAUUGAGUAA